CUUGUGAUUCUGUCCCGGCGCAUCGAAGAUGGCUUUGAGUAUGGAUGGUCGUGGCUACAUCAACCAGCGUCCUAUUCAUUUACCAAGGCUAUUGUAAAGAAAUAAAGGAUUUUCUUGCGUCGAUAAGUGAAGUCGGAGAGGCGGCAGUAAGUAGUCGCGAGUAGUGUUCAUACGCUCGUCGUACUACGGACGGUUCGCUUCCCGGCGCGUGUUUUUUUUGUUUUUUGCUCCCCCCUGGUUGAUUCCGAUUGGUAGCUAACUGACACUUAACGACAAUUUUGUCAAUAUUAUCCACAGCUAAGCUAACCACUGCUGGUAAAAAAAUGGCCACCAUGGAUAAAUUAAUGAAGGCCUUUGAAUCUCUCAAGUCCUUCCAACAACAACAGGGACCGCCGACGGCCGAGGAGACGGCUCAAAAACAGAAGAAAGAGCUGGCCACCACCAAAAAGGACAGAGUGGCCCACUGCCUGACCAUAUGUGAGAACAUCAUAGCCCAGUCUCUGAGAACGUCUCCGGAGUUCCAGAAGCUUCUGGGCAUCGCCAUGGAGAUGUUCUUGCUGUGCAGCGACGACAGAGAGUCGGACGUCAGGAUGGUGGCAGACGAGUGCCUGAACAAAAUCAUCAAAGCGCUGAUGGACUCCAACCUGCCCAGACUUCAGCUGGAGCUCUACAAAGAAAUUAAAAAGAACGGUGCCUCUCGGAGCCUGAGGGCUGCUCUCUGGAGGUUCGCUGAGCUAGCACACCUCGUCAGACCACAGAAAUGCAGACCGUACCUGGUGAACCUCCUUCCCUGUCUGACCAGGAUCACGAAGAGACUGGAGGAGCCUGUCCAGGAGACCCUGUCGGCUGCCGUGCCGAAGAUCAUGACUGCUCUGGGACACUUCGCUAACGACGGAGAGGUCAAGGUGUUGUUGAAGUCGUUUGUGGCCAACCUGAAGUCCACUUCUCCUACGAUCCGUCGGACGGCCGCCAGCUCGGCGGCUAGUGUCUGUCAACACUCGAGACGGGCCUCCUACUUCUACACCUGGCUGCUCAACGUCCUGCUGGGUCUGUUGGUCCCUGUCGAUGAGGAGCAUCCUAACCACCUGGUCCUGGGGGUGUUGUUAACCCUUCGCUACCUGAUGCCUCAACUACAGCAACAGGACAGGACCACCAGCCUGAAAGGAAGCUUCGGAGUCAUGAGGAAGGAGGCCGACUUACAGCCCACGCCUGGACAACUACUGCAAGUCUAUGAGUUGACUCUCCACUACAGCCAGCAUGGCGACCACAACGUGGUGACGGCCUCUCUGGAACUGAUGCAGCAGAUGUUCCGGACUCCUCCCCCGGAGCUUCUGCACAUGCUCAUUACGCCCGGCAGCGUUCCGCACGCCAGCGUGUUCCGCCGGGACGUGGAGAGACGCGCCCACUCCGGCAGCAUCCUGGAGUUAAUUGCCGGGGGCGGGUCUUCCUGUAAUAGUCCACUCCUCCUCAGAAAACAGAAAGGCAAGAUGCUGUCGGGGGAGGAGGAGGGGUUGGAGGACGACCCUGAGAGGGCAGAGGUCACCACCGAGGCCUUUACAGCCUCUGUCGCGGGCGCCGACGCCACUGCCCAGGUCGUCGACAUCAUUACCCAGCAGCCCCGCUCCUCACAGCAUGCUCUGCAGCCCGGCGACUCUGUGGACCUCGGUGGCGCCUCCUCGGAACAAGGAACGACUGCCCUCGGGACCUGCGAGGGAGGGGCGGGGACUCCCGAGUCGCCCAAUGACAACGCAGCGGACGAGGACAUGCUCAGCCACAGCUCCAGUGGGGCUAACGUUACCCCGGAAACGGCCGACUACGCCACACCGGAGAACGCGGAGAUGCCCGACGGGCCCCUGCUGGACCCCCUGGGAGACCCCUCGCUGGCCCCGAGCGCCGACUCUUCGCAGACCACCACAGAGGGGCCGGACUCGGCUGUCACUCCUUCAGACGUUGCUGAACUCGUGUUGGACACCAGUGAGAGUCUGUAUUCAGGGAUGCAGAUUGGAACUUUACAGGAUGAGGAAGAAGAGGGAGCCGUACCUUCAUCACACCCUGAGCCCUUCUCCCAGUCCGCACUGGCUCUGAGUAGACCCCACCUCCUAGAGGGCAGAGGUCACAACAGACAGGCGUCAGACAGCAGUGUGGAUCAGUUCAUACCAAAGGAGGAAACAGUGGAGACCACAGAGCUGGAGGACAAGCCAUCGAGGAUAAGGGGUCCGAUUGGCCACUACACAGACCAAGGGGCGGAGCCUCUGGUUCACUGUGUGCGACUCCUCUCUGCCUCCUUCCUGCUGACUGGACAGAAGAAUGGGCUGGUCUCUGAUAAAGAGGUCCGUGUCAGUGUGAAGGUUCUAGCAGUCAGCUGUAUCGGAGCAGCAGCUGCCCUUCAUCCUGAAGUCUUCUUCAACUCUCUGUACCUGGAACCACUGGACGGAGUGACACAGCAGGAGCAACAGUAUAUCAGUGAUGUGUUGUGUCUGGUUGCUCAUGGAGACCCUCAGGUCAGAGGUGCUGCAGCGGUUUUGUGUGGCGCCGUUAUCCACUCCGCUCUCACCAAGACACGUUACAACAUCCACGCCUGGAUGACCAGCGUCCACGCCUCUACAGGUAACCCGUUGUCCCUGGUGGAUCUAGUUCCUGUACUACAGAACACUCUAAAGGACGAGUCCUCUGUCACCUGUAAGAUGGCCUGCUCUGCAGUCAGGCACUGCAUCAUGACUCUUUGUAGCAGUACUCUGAGUGAGUUGGGUCUGCAUCUCCUGGUUGACCUGCUGACCUUAAAGGACUGUUCCUAUUGGCUGGUCAGGACGGAACUCCUGGACACUCUGGCAGAGAUAGAUUUCCGGUUGGUGAACUUCCUGGAGAAGAGAACAGAGAGUUUACACAAAGGAGAGCAUCACUACACUGGGUUGCUAAGGUUACAGGAGAGAGUGUUGAAUGGCGUUGUGAUUCAUUUGUUGGGAGACGAAGACCCUCGAGUACGACACAUAGCCGCUGCUACUGUCAGCAGGCUGGUCAGUGUGUUGUUCUAUGAGUGUGACCAGGGUCAGGCUGACCCGGUGGUGGCUAUAGCCAGAGACCAGAGCUCUGUGUAUCUGCAGUUACUGAUGCAUGAGACGCUACCACCUUCACACUUUACUGUCUCUACCAUCACCAGGACGUAUCGUGGUUAUAACCUGUCUCAGGGAGUGUCAGACGUCACUGUGGAGAAUAACUUGUCAAGAGUCGUCUCUGCCGUGUCCCACGCUCUCACCUCCUCUACGUCACGGGCCCUCACUUUUGGCUGCUGUGAGGCGCUGCAUCUUCUGACCACCACCUACCCAGCAUGCACCUGGAGUACGGGCUGGCACUGUGGUUACGUCAGCUCCACCGUCACACACCCCAACCGAUCCAACCUCAACCGCUCCCGGGCACGCUCACACAGCCUCUCCCAGCCCGGCUCAGGUCCGUUAGAGGAAGGGAGGAGGAGUCUAACAGUAGGGAUGGCUAACAUGAUGAUGUCUCUACUGUCCUCUGCCUGGUUUCCUCUGGACCUCUCUGCUCACCAAGAUGCUCUGCUGCUGGCCGGGAACCUGCUCGCUGCGACGGCUCCACAGUGCAUGUGUAGUCCCUGGGCUGGGGAGGAGGAGGGAGGGCCGGUCCCCGGUAAGACAGAGGAGCCCUGGGCAGCGGUGGGGGAGCGCCCCCUGGUGGUCCUGGUGGAACAACUCUUCUCUCACAUCCUCAAGAUACUCAACAUCUGUGCCCACGUGCUGGACGACACGCCGCCCGGACCCGUCGUCAAGGCCACCCUGCCGUCCCUAGCCAACGCUCCCUCCCUCAGCCCCAUCAGAAGGAAAGGCAAGGAGGUCGCAGAGCCAAGCAACAUUCCCAUGAGCCCUAAGAAAGGCAGCGAGACCAACACUGGCAGGCCAGCGGACAGCUCGGGGUCCACGGCUAACGUCAACAAGUCCACAACCCUGGGAAGCUUCUAUCAUCUCCCCACCUACCUCAAACUGUACGACGUCCUCAAAGCUACACACACCAACUAUAAGGUUACGUUGGACCUCCACAGCACCAACGAGAAGUUCGGAGGGUUCCUGCGUUCUACGCUGGACGUCCUGUCUCAGCUGCUAGAGAUGGCCACGCUACACGACAUCGGAAAGUGUGUGGAAGAGGUCCUCAGCUAUCUGAAACUCUGCUUCUCCAGGGAACCUCUGAUGGCCACGGUCUGUGUUCAACAGUUAUUGAAGACGCUGUUUGGUACCAACCUCGCCUCCCAGUACGAGGGGGCCCAGGGCGGUCCGAGUCGCUCCCAGGGGAAGGCUCUCCGUCUGGGCUCGUCCAGCCUGACACCUGGCCUCUAUCACUACUGCUUCAUGGCUCCCUACACACACUUCACCCAGGCCCUGGCCGACGCCAGCCUCAGGAACAUGGUGCAGGCUGAGCAGGAGCAGGACGCGUCUGGGUGGUUUGAUGUAAUGCAGAAGGUGUCCAACCAGCUGAGAUCCAGUAUCACCAACGUGACCAAACAGAGAGGAGACAAGAAUGCCAUCCACAACCACAUUCGUCUGUUUGAACCUCUAGUGAUCAAGGCUCUGAAACUGUACACCACCUCCACCUCUGUGGCGCUGCAGAGACAGGUCCUAGACCUGCUGGCGCAGCUGGUACAGCUACGAGUCAACUACUGUCUGCUGGACUCAGACCAGGUGUUCAUAGGUUUUGUAUUGAAGCAGUUUGAGUACAUUGAGGUGGGACAGUUCAGAGAUUCGGAGGCGAUCGUCCCCAACAUAUUCUUCUUCCUGGUUCUGUUGUCGUACGAGCGGUACCACUCCAAACAGAUCAUCAGCAUCCCGAAGAUCAUUCAACUGUGUGAUGGCAUCAUGGCUAGUGGGAGGAAGGCUGUCACCCAUGCCAUCCCAGCCCUGCAGCCUAUAGUCCAUGACCUGUUUGUUCUGAGGGGCUCCAACAAGGCUGACGCUGGGAAGGAGCUGGACACCCAGAAAGAGGUGGUGGUCUCCAUGCUGCUGAGACUCAUACAGUACCACCAGGUGCUGGAGAUGUUCAUCCUGGUCCUCCAGCAGUGUCACAAGGAGAACGAGGACAAGUGGAAGAGACUGUCCAGACAGAUCGCUGACAUCAUACUGCCCAUGAUAGGAAAACAACAGAUGCACCUGGACUCCCCUGAGGCUCUGGGAGUGUUGAACACUCUGUUUGAGACGGUCGCUCCCUCCUCUCUCCGCCCGGUUGAUAUGCUGCUGAAGGGAAUGUUCACCACACCUGCUACCAUGGCUAAUGUUAACACAGUUCAGCUGUGGGUGUCAGGUGUCUUGGCUGUCCUCAGAGUCCUCAUCUCUCAGUCCACUGAAGACAUAAUCCUCUCACGUGUCCACGAGCUCUCCCUCUCUCCUCCCUCCCUCUCUCCUCCCUCCCUCUCUCCUCUCCUCCUCUCCUGUCCCACCAUCCGACAUCUCCGCGACGACGGCAGCCUCUCGUCGCCACCGCCUCUGGCGCCCCCGGCGACUGUCGCCCCCGACAACCAGGAGGCCAACGGAGAGCGGGUGCUGCCGGAGGAGACGUUUGCCAGGUUCCUACUCCAGCUCGUAGGAGUGAUGUUAGAUGACAUCUCGACCAGACAGGUGAAGGUUGACAUGACCGAACAGCAACACACGUUCUACUGUCAACAGCUGGGGACUCUGCUUAUGUGUCUCAUACACAUCUUCAAGAGUGGCAUGUUCCGUAGGAUCACGGCAGCAGCCACUCGUCUCCUGAAGGGUGAGGCUGUUCUGGGUGCAGGUCCAGGUGUCUUCUCCCUAGAGGGUCUUAAUGCCAUGGUGGGCUGCCUGGUGACCACACACCCCUCUCUGGUUCUACUCUGGUGCCAAGUCCUCCUCAUCAUCAACUACACCAACUACAGCUGGUGGACAGAGGUCCACCAGACACCCAGGAGACAGAGUCUGUCCUGUACCAAGCUGCUGAGCCCUCAUUCAUCAGGAGGGGUGGAGGAGGAGAGACCAGAGGCCAGGCUGGCCAUGUGUAACAGAGAGAUCGUACGCAGGGGAGGACUCAUUCUCUUCUGUGACUACGUGUGUCAGAACCUGCACGACUCGGAGCACCUGACCUGGCUGAUCGUCAACCACGUCCGUGACCUCAUCGACCUUUCCCAUGAGCCUCCGGUGCAGGACUUCAUCAGUGCAGUGCACCGCAACUCGGCCGCCUCCGGACUGUUCAUACAGGCUAUACAGUCACGCUGUGACCACCUCUCUACUCCCACCAUGUUGAAGAAGACUCUCCAGUGUCUAGAAGGGAUCCACCUGUCCCAGUCUGGUUCUCUGUUGAUGCUCUACGUGGACAAACUACUGAACACUCCAUUCAGAGUCCUGGCUCGUAUGGUUGAUACUCUGGCCUGCAGGAGGGUGGAAAUGCUGCUCGCUGAAACACUACAGAACUGUUUAGUCCAGCUGCCGGUGGAGGAACUGGACAGAAUCCAGGAAUACCUUCAGAUCAGUGGACUAGCUCAACGGCACCAGAGGUUCUACUCCCUGCUGGACAGGUUCCGAGCCACCGUUGCCGAGGACACCAGCAGCCCCUCCCCUCCUGUGACAUCACACCCCCUGGAUGGGGAACCGCCACCUGCCCCUGAACUAGUCAAGGCUGACAAGGAGUGGUAUGUUGCCUUGGUGAUGUCCCAGUGUUGUCUCCGUGGUGACGGGUCGUUCCUGGAGACAACGGAACUCCUGACCAAACUACCUCCUGACGACCUCUCUACCAUCAUGACCUGCAAGGACUUCAACCUGUCUCUCCUCUGUCCGUGUCUGAGUCUGGGGGUUCAGAGGUUAACCCGGGGUCAGGGGUCGUUGCUAUUGGAGACGGCCCUGGCCGUGACCCUGGAUCAUCUGAGCGUGGUCACACAGCUACUUCCUGUUCCACACCGUUCCUUCCUGCCGCCGGCCAAACCUGACCCGGCCGAGCCCUACUGGGACAGACUGGCUGUCGUCUAUGGUGAGCCUGGACUCUACCCGCGGGUGAUGUCUCUGUGUAGAGCGCUGUCUCAGUAUCUGCUGUGCGUGGGUCAGCUUCCUUCCCCUCUGCAAAUCCCUGAAGACAAACAACAUCUCAUCACCACCUUCACCACCAUGGCUACCGAGUUGGUGGUCUGGCGUGUUCUCCAGGACCGUGUUCCUCUGAGUGUUGACCUGCAGGGGGCUCUGUCCUGUCUGUGUCUGGCCCUGCAACAACCCUGUGUCUGGAACACACUGUCUACAGCCCCGUACAAAACACACACCUGCUCCGUCAUACACUGUCUACGACUCCUCAUCACUGCAGUGGCAGUAGGUCCCGGUGACCAUCUGUUACAUCCAGGGAGGAAGAGAACCACCGGGUCAGAUGGUGAUUCAGACCAGGUCCACUCUCCAAACACUGACAACGUGUGUGAGCGACGGUCGUGUGAGAUCAUGGCUGAGCUGGUGGAAGGUCUCCAGAGCGUUCUGUCUCUGGGUCACCAUAGAAACAGCGGAAUCCCAGCCUUCCUCACGCCGAUGCUCCGAAACAUCAUCAUCAGUCUUUCCAGACUACCGCUGGUCAACAGUUACACUAGAGUCCCCCCCCUGGUGUGGAAGCUGGGCUGGUCCCCUCGGCCGGGGGGGGAGUUCGGCACCACCCUUCCUGAGAUCCCUGUGGAGUUCCUGCAGGAGAAGGACGUGUUCAGGGAGUUUCUCUAUCGCAUCAACACACUGGGCUGGAGCAGUAGGACCCAGUUUGAAGAGACCUGGGCCACACUGCUGGGAGUUCUGGUCACUCAACCCAUCUCAAUGGACCAGGAGGAGGAGAGGGAACAGGAGGAGGACUUGGAGCGUACCCAGUUGAAUGUGUUAGCGGUCCAGGCCAUCACGUCCCUGGUUCUGAGCUCCAUGACUCUCCCUACUGCCGGAAACCCUACUGUCUCCUGUCUGGAACAACAGCCGAGAAACAAGACCCUUAAAGUCCUGGACACACGGUUUGGCAGGAAGUUGUCAGUGAUCAGAGGAGCCGUGGAGAGAGAGAUCCAGGCCAUGGUGUCGAAGAGAGACAACGUACACACACACCACCCCUACCACACCUGGGAUCCUGUCCCCUCCCUGUCUGCUGUCUCACCAGGUACACUGAUCAGCCAUGAGAAACUCCUGCUGCAGAUCAACACAGAGAGAGAGAUGGGAAACAUGGACUACAAACUGGGACAGGUGUCCAUCCACUCUGUGUGGCUGGGGAACAACAUUACCCCUCUGAGAGAGGAAGAGUGGGGUGAGGAUGAGGAAGAUGAGACUGAUACUCCGGCCCCCGCCUCUCUUCCUACCUCUCCUAUCAACUCCAGGAAGCAUCGUGCAGGUGUCGACAUCCACUCCUGUUCUCAGUUCCUAUUGGAGCUCUACAGCCAGUGGCUCCUCCCCGGUUCCCCUAGCAACAGACGCACCCCUGUUGUGCUCAUCAGCGAGGUGGUCCGAUCGUUGUUGGCGGUCUCUGACCUGUUCACGGAGCGUAACCAGUUUGACAUGAUGUUCACCACCCUGAUGGAGCUGCAGAAGAGCCAUCCUGCUGAAGAUGAGAUAAUGAACCAGUACCUGGUACCAGCUCUCUGCAAGGCUGCCGCUGUCCUGGGCAUGGACAAGGCGACCUCUGAACCUGUGUGUCGGGUGUUGGAGCUGACCCUGCACAGCACCCACCUCCCCAGCCGGAUGGGAGCGCUGCACGGCCUGCUGUAUGUACUGGAGUGUGACCUGCUGGACGACACCGUGAAACAGCUGGUACCUGCCGUCUCCGACUACAUCCUGAGUAACCUACGGGCCAUAGCACACUGUGUGAACCUGCACAACCAGCAGCAUGUCUUGGUGAUGUGUGCUGUGGCCUUUUACAUGAUGGAGAACUACCCUCUGGAUGUAGGAGCCGAGUUUACUGCUGGGGUUAUACAGAUGUGUGGUGUGAUGGUAUCAGCCAGUGAAGACUCCACCCCCUCAGUGAUCUACCACUGUGUGUUGCGUGGGUUGGAGCGCCUCCUGCUGUCGGAGCAGCUGUCUCGUAUGGACGGAGAGGCACUGGUUAAACUGAGUGUCGACAGGGUUAACAUGCCAAGCCCUCACAGAGCCAUGUCUGCACUGGGACUCAUGCUCACCUGCAUGUACACAGCGGUGCGUACCUCAGUGUCGACAGCAGAGUCAGCGUUGGGGUCAGAGGUGAUGGGGUCAGAGGUUAGAGGUCAGGGGUCAGAGGUGACCUCGGGUCCUGUUGCUUUCUCCUCAGGCAAGGAGAAGGCCAGCCCUGGUCGCCCGGCCGGCGCUGUCGACCCUCAGGCCCCCGACAGCGAGUCUGUCAUCGUUGCCAUGGAGAGGGUCUCCGUGCUCUUCGACAGGGUCCGUAAGGGUUUACCCAGCGAGGCGCGGGUGGUGGCCAGGAUUCUUCCUCAGUUCCUGGACGACUUCUUCCCUCCGCAGGACGUCAUGAACAAGGUCAUCGGAGAGUUCCUGUCCAAUCAGCAGCCGUACCCACAGUUCAUGGCUACUGUGGUCUACAAGGUGUUCCAGACCCUCCAUGCUACAGGUCAGUCCAGUAUGGUGACAGACUGGGUGUUACUGUCUCUGUCGAACUUCACCCAGAGAACCCCAGUUGCCAUGGCCACGUGGAGUCUGUCUUGCUUCUUCAUCUCUGCCUCCACCUCCCAGUGGGUCUCUGCCCUCCUGCCCCAUGUCACCAGCCGAAUGGGGAAGAGUGAGGUGGUGGACAUCAGCUUGUUCUGUCUGGUAGCCCUGGACUUCUACAGACACCAGCUGGACGAGGAGUUGGACCGCAGAGCCUUCCAGUCGGUCUUCCAGACCGUGGCCUCGCCUGGCAACACCUACCAGCAACUACUGGACUGUCUGCAGAGUAUCCACCAAGACACAUCGCUCUGAGAGAGAGGG